AGCAGUGUAUCUUAAGUAUUUUCUUACAAAAUAGUAUUUUAGGCUAUCCAAUGAUAAGUCGCUUCUACAGAUAUUUGGACAAAAAAUUUCUGUCCUAAAUUUGUUGCCAGUCAUUUUCUUGAUGCCAUGUUAAGUGCUUGGCAAAUGCCUUCCACCAGCCCCCUCUUCUUUCCCCCUAUAACUAACCUGAUGAUUUAGCAGCCAAACCACUUUUUCAUAAAUUUGCAAAUAAUCUAGGCUGAAAAAGGAUAGCUCUUAAACCUAAACUAAUUUAUUUUUCAUAUGCCAUUUGAUAAUUUGGCUAAUUAUUCUGUUAAUAGACUAUUUCCGCUUCUUAAAUUAAUAAGCAGGUAGGAAGGCGCGGAGGCAGGACUAACCUGAAACUUGUUUUGUAGGUGUGGAUAUGCGACGUUGCAUCACGUCAUAGAUAAAUCCAAAGAGGACCGGAUGGAGAGCUUCUUUCUCAGUGAGACCUGUAAAUACUUGUAUCUGCUAUUUGAUGAGGAGAAUCCAGUCCACAAAUCUGGAACCAAAUACAUGUUUACCACUGAGGGACACAUUGUAUCUGUGGAUAAACAUCUUCGGGAAUCACCCUGGAAGGAAUUCUUUUCUGAAGAGGGAGGGCAGGACCAAGAGGGGAAGUCUAUGCACAGGCCUAAAUCACCCGAGUUAAAAGUCAUCAACUCCAGCUCCAACUGUAAUCGUGUUCCUGACGAGAGGAGAUACUCCCUGCCCUUAAAGAGCAUCUACAUGCGGCAGAUUGACCAGAUGGUUGGCUUGAUUUGAUCUACUCUCCUCCGUGUGGCCUCAUCUGAAACCGGAUGGAAACAGCCGAACCCAUGCUGUGCAGAGACCAGUCUGAAGCGGAAGAGGAUGGAAGUCUGGCCAUCCAUGAUGGUGUAGGAAUUCCUGUCCAGCUCCUCACACACAUCUAGCAGAUUCUUGCAUACAUUAGUGUUUCUCUUCUGUUCAAUAAAAUGCCCUAUUUUUCUUAAGGAUAUAAUUUGAAGUAAGAAGGUACAUAGAAGUUGGCUUCUUAGGACAUGCUGAUUUUAUAAGCACAGUGUGGAUAGGGCAUCUUUGGAUGGAGCUUCAUAGCUUCCCACUUUGGAAUCCGACAAGUGUGUUCCUGUCUCCGGCACUUGCCGUGACUGCAGUAUUGCUACCUCUCUGUUAGAGGACUGUGAAUGAAAUUUCCGUGCAAAGGGCCUGAGGUUCAUCCCUAUUUAUUGCAUUUUGUUAUCCUUUCUCUCAUUAGAUAAUUGGCUCUCCCACCCACGAUUUUGGAUCACAGGGGGGAUAAUCAUUCAGUUUUUCAUUUGCAUCCCACAUAAUCUUCACAGUGUUACAAGUUAAUUGCUUAUGAAUAAUUUUUAUCUGAAUUUCAAAAGGCAGUCUCUUAAAUUGUCACACAGAUCUUUUGGAUGGUAUAUUACAUUUAAUUUGAACUUACCUGAGGAACUCCCAUAGUUCCAGAACCAGGUGCCUUUUAGGGAGAGAAAAAUACCUAAGAAUGUCUGAGCUUCCAUCUAUCUCAUAUUUACUAACCAAGGAUUCUCAAUUCUGACCGUGUUUGGGUUAGAAUUUUGUUUUGUUUUUGUUUUCUGUGUCUAGUGCCAAUUAGCUAAGUCAGGGAGAAAGAAAUGAUCAGAUGACUCUCUGGCAUCCCUGAGCCAUUUCUCUGUACUAGAGGCUUUAGCUUAGUGCCUUAGAGGAUUUUGGUUGGGGCCGCUGGUUGUCACAGCUGCUGCUCUGGUUUUAGCAGCCUUGUUUUGAAUUGUCACAGGGUGGGACCACAGUGACAAAGGGGAAGGGAUGAGUAUUAAUAAGAUUCUGGAAAAUUCUUGGCCAGUCCUUGCCUUUCAGCAUGGUAUUUUAAGCAAACCUGCAUUAGGAGGAAGUUGUGCUACAUUGCCUUCUUUCUUUGUUGUUAUAUUCUUAGCCAGAACAGAAGCGUCUCUCUUUGAACUUAGGCUGAAUAUUCCUCCAGAGCAGAGGUGGACUUGAACCCUCAGCCUGACUUCCGUAUAACAUCUGAGGUUGAAAUGAAUCCUGGUACAAAGGGUAGAAGUCUCUUAAGAACCUCCAACCUUACCUGUCUUGUUGCCCACCUGUCUCUGCUUGCACACUUCAAGUGAUUUCCUGUUCAUCUUUUUAAAACCAGAAGUGUGGUCUGAGCCAUUGCAUACCAAUCAAAGGGAGAAGUUUUAUUCCUUCUUGAAAAUUUCAGUGUUACUGUUUUUUAAAAAAUAGAUACAGAAUUCAGUUCUUGGAGAUUUUUGAAAAAGGGAUUUUCAGUAAUAAAUGUGUCACCUCUGUCUUUUAAAUAUUUACUAUGCAAAUUGUUGUAAGUAAACAAAAUCAAAUGCUUCUGUUUUACCUUUUCUCUUCAUUUCAGAAGCAUUCUCUUUAUCGACCUUGUCUCAUCUCCUGAAUAGAACAUUUCCUUUGAGAACACUAUAUAAUAUAUUUUAGGUGUUUUCAUCGACUCGGUAAAAUCAAAAUGUUCCAUUUGACAUACGCAUGUGCACCCAGGCGCAGAGUCCCCAUACCUUUUCUCCAGGCAAGCCGAGACGGGACUAUAAAUGUCCCAUCUGGGGGAUGAGGCACGUCAGGGAAGAAAAUGGGUCCUCCGGGCAUCCGUUCCGUCUAGUGGCCCUGCUGGGUUCCCUCUCCAGCUUCUGGGACAACAUCGAUGUGUAGCAUUCCAACACCACCCUCUCGUCUGGGUCCUUAACCUGUCCCCUGCUCUGGCAUUCCAUCCCCCUCAUGCUCAGGAAUAGGGACCUGUGCCCCAGGGCCACUGACGCACGCCAGGGGCCGCAGGCUGGCGUGAGAUGUGUUUUGUAUGAAGUCCAAACCCCCUUGACUUGUGGGCACUGACUUGUACCAGUUGGUGAGACUGAAGGUGAGGGCGUUACUGCAGACCAAUCCUGGUGGUUGAGCUUCCAGACUCCCCGGUCUAAAGUCGAUGCUGCCUAGUCCGUGAUCUGUGGGGCUAGUAAUACCGUCUAGUGCCAGUCAUGAAACGAAGGUUCUUUAGAGCCAAGUUCAAAGCUUGCUUGUUUUCUUUUUGGAAAUCAGAAUGUCAACAACUGUGUUCUCUCUUGCAGGGCUUUUGCUGUUUUCUUCUAUUCUGUGUUGCAGGAUGUCCGGUAGGAAGGGGUCAGGGAGGGGAGUGUUGAAGAGAUUCCCUUGCUCAGUGCUUUGCCCCAGGACUGCCCUGAUUCUGAACAGAGCUCAUCCUUUGGAACAGCUGUGAGUCUGUGCCAUCCUCUAGUUCCCCUGUAUAGCUAGUGUCUGGAGUCUGCUUUGGUCGACAUGAGGAAUGUGGUUUUGCAAAACUCUUGUAGAAAGCUGCCCUGUAGUUAGGCCAGGCAGUAUAAAUCUCCUACCACAGAGUUCUCAGUCGGUACAGGGCAGGCUUUGCUGCCUUCGGUGAUGUGACCGAGGAGCUCCAUUUCCGGAAUAGUAGGUGACAGGGGAAGUGUUGGCUGGCGUCCAGCUGUGCUGGCCUUUGUGAAGAACCAGCUUCCAGUGUUCACAUCUUGCCUGCAGUUUGUUCCAGCUCUUCUACCCGAAUUCCUAAUCGCAGGUUCCCAGCUUGUCCCGGAUUGGGGGCAUGCACAGGUCACUAAAGUGAUUAUGUGGUGUCUGUGCAGGUGGAUUUUAGAGGAGGCUCUGUGUGCAAUCUGAGGGCCUGAACGUGGCUCCCCCUCCUUCUCUCCCCUCUGCCCCCCGCCCCCAAGAAAAAUACCCUCUUAGCUAUUUCCUUAGCUCAGUUUACUGGGUGAUUGCAAACUGUAAUCCUUGGCUUCAGAUCUUGUGGACUGAACAUCAGGCAUCUUUUUCUUCUCUCUGGAGGGCCCCAGAGGUCUUCCUCUUUUGAGGCUUUCAAAUUUAAUGCUGGUGAAAAGGUAGGGCUGAAUGAUUGCUCUCACCAGAGUACCUGAGCAGGGACUUUUGAAGGAAAUCUUGGUCUUUCCUUUUCCAUUCCCAGGCAUCCAGCUCCUUCUCUAGUGCCUCUUCCCUGCAGGGCAGGGACCCUUGUGAAAGAGGGAAGGUGGGCUGGCUGGGCUGUGUGUCCCCAGGUUUGCAGGGCUCAGGGUUCUGUUCCUGCUGGAGUUUGGAUGUGAAUCCGGGAAAAUCUACCUGUGGACCUUCCUGAUUCAUUACCCCCUUUCCCUCUUUCUGAGAGGCAGAGAAAUAAUAUUUUUAAAAGGUAUUUUGUUUUAGUUUUAAAUAGCAAAACACAAGCUGCAUUUUUAUUUAUUAUGCACAAGAAAGGUAAAUCUGUUUUUACAAAAAAAAAAUCUGGAGUUGGAAACUCUGGGAAAACCUAUUGAGAUAAUACACAUGCUUCUCUCUCUGUAAUGUGCAAUAUGCUUUGCAGCUAUAGAUGAUAUUUUAUGUUUAAUCUGUAAAUAAGAAAUGUAUUUAAAUUAAGAGGGAGCUUUUUGUAAAAGGACCAAAUGUUCUUUUAUAAAUGUACUAAGAAAUAUCUUGUUCUUUGAAAUUUAUUAGGAUUUUUAUGAGUAAUUUUUAUUAAAAGAUUCUUUUUUUUUGAA